UUCAGUGAGUUCGGGCCACUGCACGAGCUGCUGGAGACGUCGAACGGCACGGUGAACGAGACCGUGCUGCGUCACCUGCUGGCGCUGCACAUCCGCAACCAGCUGCGCCAGGGCGAGCUCGAGCACCGGCGCAACAUCUACCUCAUCACCGUGCCCAUCAUGCUGGUCUUCUGCGUCAUCGGCACCGUCAUCAACCUCAGCAUCUGCGUGUCGGCGCGCCUGAUCCGGCGCCCGCUCAGCCCCACCAUGUGUUUCUCAGUGAGCCUGGCAGGCGCCGACGCGUACGCCGCCUCCAUCCUGGGCCUCGGUCUGGUGGUCAACAGCCUGCUGCCGGUCGGGUUCGGCGUGGAGACGCUGAGCCGCUGUCCGACGCUGGUGCUGGAGGCGCUCCGGCUGGGAGGCGUCAUCUCCACGGCCGCCCACCUGCUGGCGCUGGCGCUGAACCACUACGUGGGCAUCCUGCGCCCGCUGCACUACGCGCGCCUUAUCACGCGCGGCCGCGUGCUCACCUCCAUCGGCUUCCUGUGGCUGGUGCCCAUCCUCUUCUUCCUGGUGUACUUUGCGGCGGCGGGCGGGUUCCGCGCCGACGGCUGCUCGCUCGACUUUCUGCCGUUCAGCACGUUCCGUCGUGUGGUGGCAUCGCUCUUCUUCGUGCCGCUCAUCUGCAUGUUCUUCGCCUACACACACAUCUUCAUCAUGGUACGCCAGCAUCAGCGCGGCUCGCUGCGCAACCAGAACUCGUCGCAGCUCAAGAGCAGCGUCAAAGCUGUGGUGACGACGCUGCUCAUCCUAGGCACGUACAUCCUCUGCUGGAUGCCGGCGGUCGUCACGUUCAUCCUCAUCUGCUACGACUGUUCGAUGCACCCGCGGCAGCUGCACUGGCGCACCCACCUCGAGAUGGCCAUCACCACCAACACGCUGGUCGUGCUCAAGUGUCUGGUCGACCCGGUUAUCUACGCGGCGCGCAUGCCGGAGAUAAAGCUGGCGCUGCGGCGGCUGCGGCAGCUGCUGCUCUGUCGGCCGGGCACGCCGGGCAGUCUGCAGCCGGGCCGCAACACGCGCACCACCCUGCUGGCGGGCACCCAGCGCGGACUGCGCACCACCACCACGGCGGCCACCAGCCUGCGGCAGAACGGCCACACCGAGAUCCCGCUGCGGGUGCUGCGCUCCGCCGGCGCGCCGCAGCCGGUCCAAUGCUGAGGUCAGCCCUGCUGCGGGACCGAUCAGGAUUUUUUUUUCCAAGGGAACGGUAGCACCUCGGUGAAAAACCGCAGGUGGUCGGACCCCUGCCGUGGGUCGGCGGAUCUCUGCUGCUGGAUGUCCCUGAGCAGUCCUCGACAGCUUCACCGACUGCACGGACGGCUUAGUCUAGAUAGGCUGAGGCUGGAUGUCUGGUGACUGGACAGGUGACCUUUUCAACUACUCAGAAGUUGAGCAGAACUCUGACCGACCAGCCGCUGCGGUUGGCCAAGAGGCCGGUGUGAGACGGCCAAAUGCCUGCAAAGUGAGAAUGGUCUUUGAGACUGGAGCUGAGGCUGACACACAGGCAACGACGACCUGUGACUGAACUGUGAGGCAAAGACGACUGGUCUAUGACCCUGCCGCUCAGCUAAGCACAUCUGAUUUCCUCACCGAGCCAAAUCGCAGCCUCCCGAUGGACGGUAGCCAAAACCGGCGCCGAGUGGACUUGUUCACUAAGUAAUUGGGUCUCUGUCGAUGGCCCGCCGUGAGCCCGAUCGGUCAGUCCGUCGGACACUGCGGCCCACUGGACUGUGUUCUCCACCACAAAUGAUCUGAUGUCGCGCCCCGCUGGGCGACACUCGCGCCCCGUCUCCACCAGACAGAGCGGAGCGGAGACGUGUCAUCAACGUACCGCGGAGCCGUAACGUGUGGCUCCGAAAUGGACUGUAGUAGCCCUGUUGUCUACUGGUUACUAUUGCGGACGGCAUGCGUCCUCCAUGUGCAUGUAUUGCAAUGAC